AAAACUGGUGUGGUGGGAGGUAGGUAGCCUGGGAGCACUAGGGAGGUGACUGUCAGUGUUGUCACUGCAGUGUUAUAAAUCAGUCACAGGUGCUUCAGCAUAGACCCAAUCAGCCACUGUAAAAGUAACGUCCAGAAAUGCAGUCUUCCAUGAGUUGUGUUCGCCUCUUAAGGCGAUACGCCUGCAGAGUACCAGCUCUCCACAAGCUGUCCCGGAGACCCCCAUCAUGCAGUCUUCAUCUGUCCAGUCGAAAUGCCAGCCUCCUCCGCGAUAAAGCCUAUAUCGGUGGCGCGUGGGUGUCGGGUGAUAAGACGUUCCCCGUAACCGACCCGGCCAACGGAAUGGAAAUUGCCUGCGUCCCGGAUCUCGGGGUCACGGAAACCACGGAUGCCAUCCAGGCAGCCUACGAUGCGUUCCAGGGGUGGGCGGAGACUACUGCUAAAGAGAGGGGUGUGAUCCUGAGACGUUGGUACGACCUCAUGAUCAAGAACCAGGAUGAAUUAGCCCAGAUUCUCACAACCGAAAUGGGAAAACCUCUGGCCGAAGCCAAGUCCGAAAUCCUCUACGGCGCAUCCUUCUUUGAUUGGUUCUCUGAGGAGGCCAAGCGUUGCUAUGGCGACGUCGUGCCCACCAUCAUGAAGAACAAACGUCAGAUAUUCUUGAAGCAACCUGUCGGCGUGGCAGCAUUGAUUACACCGUGGAAUUUUCCGAAUGCCAUGAUCACACGUAAAUUGGGAGCUGCCCUAGCUGCUGGCUGUACCACGGUCGUCAAACCUGCGGAGGACACGCCCCUGUCUGCACUUGCUUUGAUACCGUUAGCUGAGGAAGCUGGUCUACCCCCAGGCGUCUUCAAUGUCGUGACCUGCUCUAGAGACAAUGCUUCAGAUGUGGGCAAAGUCCUGUGUGAAAGUCCCCUAGUUGCCAAGAUAUCCUUCACUGGAUCCACCGCUACAGGCAAGAUUCUUCUUGAACAAGCUGCCAGCACAGUGAAGCGAGUUUCCAUGGAGCUAGGCGGCAACGCCCCCUUCAUCGUCUUUGACUCGGCUGAUGUGGACGCAGCAGUGGCUGGAGCCAUUGCCUGCAAAUUCCGCGGCAUGGGACAGACCUGUGUAUGUGCCAAUCGCAUCCUUGUACAGGAUGGGGUCUACGAGGAAUUCUGCCAGAAGCUCACUGAAAAGGUCGGCCAUCUUGUGGUCGGAGACGGGAAGGAACCAGGGGUGACGCAGGGACCGCUCAUCAAUGAGAAAGCUAUCGAGAAAGUGGAGAAGCACAUUGAGGACGCAGUGAAACGCGGGGCCAAGGUCCUGAUGGGAGGUAAACGACACGAACUCGGCAGGACAUUCUUUCAGCCCACCCUCCUGUCAGACGUUCCCCAAGAUGCCCUGGUGUGCAAGGAGGAGACGUUUGGACCCCUUGCUCCAGUUAUCAGAUUCCAGACUGAGGCUGAGGCUGUUGCUUUAGCCAACGCAUCCGAAUUUGGCCUGGCCAGUUACUUCUACUCCAACAACAUCGGCCAGAUCUGGCGAGUCGCCGAGAAGCUGGAAUCAGGCAUAGUGGGCAUCAACGAGAGCCUUGUGUCAUCAGAGGCCGGGGCCUUUACCGGCAUCAAGCAGUCAGGGCUUGGGACGGAGGGCUCCAAGUACGGAAUCAAUGAAUACCUGAACGUCAAGUACUGCUGCUUUGGGGGCAUUUGAUCUCCAAUCUGGACGGGUUUCUCCAAGCCCACUUUCAUCUGCCGGAGAUUUUUAACCUCUUGAUUUUGACAGUAUUCUGGUUUAUAUCAAAUCAUGUAGUGAUGCCAAAGUUUAGAUUAUUCACAUUGUAUAUUCAGAGGUCACGAAAAUUGAUUUGGGAUCCUUAGAUGGAGCAAAAUCUGGAAGCAAAGACGCACUUUGAAAAACUGUCCAGACUGCAAAGUUGUAAUCAUGCCAAUCACAAAUCAAUCGUAAGUCAUCCAGUUUCAAUUCAGGUGAUGAACCUGCCAAACAAAACUGUGAUAAAGGCAUUUCUGUACCUCUGUUCAACUCCAGCCUCUGUUACUUCCGCCCUUACUUGUGAUUUAACUUGCGAUUCGACUCGUGAUUGGCUGUGAUUGACUUGCGAUUUGGGUAAAGAUGGACUGGCAAUCUAAUUGGCUACAAAUCUGUUGCUUGAGCUGCUCAUAAGUACAAGCAUUUUCAACUGUAAAUCACACCAAACAAUGAUGGAAAGUUUAUGGUGGAUGGCAUAGCCUUUUUUCUGCCCCCCUGCAUACUUUUAUCUGCUGGCUAUGAUAAAAAUUCAGUAUUGGGUUCUGCCCUUCAGUGAUGUAUUUUAUAAACACUGCAUACAGUGGAACGUUGCUAUAACGAAACAUCGCGGGAUCCACAGAAAUUGUUCGUAGUAGCGAUUGUUAGGCUUAACGAAUUUAAUACUUACCAGCUUGUGAUUUUUCACACAUUAGUCAAUCUAACUUUUGACCAUUGUUAGAUUGUAGUUGCAUUUACAAUUUACAAUUCGCCAAACUUGUCCAUUCAUCUUUUCAAUUCCAUAAUCAUUACUUCACCCUGAAUGCCCUGUUAGUUACUGAAAGACAACUUUGAACAUGUGCGACUAUUGAAUCAUGUAAUUACAAAGUUUUUGAGCUUCAUGGGUGGCUUUUCCCUUCUAUUCCUGGGGAAGUUAUGGGCCUUAUUCACAAGUCGGCCAUGUUGAAUUGAAAGUGAGGUAAAAAUCUUCAUUUUUCGAACUUGCGAAGGGAAAUUAAAGCCAGCACGUUACUAAAUAAUUCAAGUCUGCUUAAAUAAAUUAUUUAAAAUUUGUAAUUAAACAUUCCCUAAUGUUUUAAGCCAGAUUUAAAAAAAAAUGAAAGUAAAAUAAGGCUGCAUUAAUAGUCUGGCGCCAUCCCAUUCAACAGUUAACAAUUUAUGAAAUACAUUCAGGGAACACGACAAAAAUGGCUACCUUGUGAAUAAGGUCCAUAGCCAUUUGUCAAUGUUCUGUUGACAUUCUCCAACAACACUGUUCGGUACGUUUUGUACACAAAAAUUGGAAGCAAAGGAUGAUGUUCAGUAUAGCGGUGUUCGAUAUAGCGACACUCCAGUGUACUCAUUGUUUUCCGAGGACUUGCCAGAACAAAAUUCACAAGCUUACUCGCAUAAAAUAAUUUACAUAAAAUUAUUUGCAUAAAAUUUAUUUACCUUUCCCCGACACAAAUUCCAUCAUAUUUAAAAAGUUAUGAAAAUUCUUUGGAAUUUAGCAACUCACAUUGUUGACUCAAUGGAAAUUUGCAAGUUUCUGUGAUUGUAUUUUAUUAGUUUAUUGUAAAUAAAUUCCCACCAAAGACUAUGAUCCAAAGACUCAUGUUUACUAACAAAAUAACUUUGGUACAGUGAAGCUGAAAAUUGGUCACGCAAAAAAAAAAAAAAAAAAAACCCAUGGAGUUGUUCAAUUUUAAAGAGGUGGGAACGACAUAGGCUUACCCUGCAGAGGAACAAUGCUAUAAAAUAGA